CUCUGGUGCCGGGAGGCCGAGCCUGGCGUUCCCCCCGAGGUGCCCGGCCAGCAGCGCAGCAGGGCCGCCCACCCCGGGAGCCACGAUUGCUUGGGAGCUGCGGGAGGAGGAGACACAGAGAAGGAGAGAGAAAGAGAGAGAGGCGGCGGCGGGCGCUCAGCCCGCGGGUGCGCGGAGCGCAGGAGGCGGAGCGCUAGUCUGGGUGGCCGCGGGCGAGUGUGCGCGCCCGGCCGGAGAGCUGCGGGAAGGAGGACCCGCACCCCGAGCGCCCCGCCUGGCUUCUUCUCGCGUGCAGCUAGCGCCGCUGCUGCACAGACACACACCCACCGAACGCCACCGAGCACCCGCCGCCCCCGCCGCCGCCGCCGCCGCCGCGCCUCGGGCAGCGGGAUCCAGAGCCAAGUCCAGGGCUGGCGCGGCGCGCAGGGCACCACUUGAUUUUUUUUUUCCCCCUUCACUCCAGCCCUCUCUGAUCUGGGCGGCGGCGGCAGGGGGAUGGGGACUCUAGGCGGGGGAAGGGGGUGACGAUCGAGGAAGAUUAUUGUUCUUUUUAAAGGAUGUCUUCGCUUCCUCCCAAUGAGUCUUCUGUGAGCCUUCCUACUAGAGGCUGCCAACCGGAGUGAGGGAUGUAAAGAGAGAAGGAAAGCCGCCAGGAGCUCCAGCCAGCAGGGGAGACCCUCCUCUCUGCAGAGGGGAGGGGGAUUUCCAACGACACAGCAUUGACGAAAGGGACCUUCGUAGGAGAGGAGCCCUCCGAGGGAGCGGGGAAUCCCACCGCCCUUUGUGGCACAGGAGCCAGGGCUGCUGGCUGAGUGGAGCGGGGUCUGUGGGAGCUAGCUGCCAUGGAGAUGCCUGCUCCCGAGGAGUCCUGCCGCAGCUGACCUCCUCUUUAAGGACCCUGGCUCUGUGGUUCUGUCCAGUUCAAAAUGGCAGAAAAGGCUCCACCUGGCUUGAACAGGAAGACGUCCAGGUCGACACUUUCUCUUCCUCCAGAACCUGUGGACAUUAUUCGAAGCAAAACGUGCUCUCGGAGAGUUAAGAUCAACGUGGGGGGCCUUAACCACGAAGUCCUGUGGAGAACUCUGGAUAGGCUACCCAGGACACGCUUGGGGAAGCUUCGAGACUGCAACACGCACGAGAGCCUCCUGGAGGUAUGCGAUGACUACAAUCUUAACGAGAAUGAGUAUUUCUUCGACCGACAUCCUGGAGCUUUCACGUCUAUUCUAAACUUCUACCGGACAGGAAAGCUCCACAUGAUGGAAGAAAUGUGUGCACUCUCUUUUGGCCAAGAGCUUGAUUACUGGGGCAUCGAUGAGAUCUACUUAGAAUCGUGCUGCCAAGCCAGAUACCAUCAGAAGAAAGAGCAGAUGAAUGAAGAACUGAGGCGGGAGGCAGAGACCAUGCGUGAGCGGGAGGGAGAGGAAUUUGAUAACACCUGCUGCCCUGAGAAAAGGAAGAAACUUUGGGACUUGCUGGAGAAACCGAAUUCCUCCGUGGCUGCAAAGAUCCUGGCCAUCGUGUCUAUCCUGUUCAUCGUACUCUCCACCAUCGCUCUGUCUCUCAACACACUUCCGGAGCUGCAGGAAAAUGAUGAAUUUGGGCAACCCAGCGACAACCGCAAGCUGGCACAUGUAGAGGCUGUGUGCAUCGCUUGGUUUACCAUGGAGUACCUUUUACGAUUCCUGUCCUCACCGAAUAAAUGGAAAUUCUUUAAAGGCCCACUGAAUGUCAUUGACCUGCUGGCCAUCUUACCAUAUUAUGUCACCAUCUUUCUCACCGAGUCCAACAAAAGUGUGCUGCAGUUCCAGAAUGUGAGACGCGUGGUGCAGAUCUUCCGAAUCAUGCGCAUCCUCAGGAUCCUGAAACUCGCCAGACACUCGACUGGCCUGCAGUCUCUGGGCUUCACCCUCAGACGGAGUUACAAUGAGUUGGGCUUGUUAAUAUUAUUUCUGGCUAUGGGGAUAAUGAUAUUUUCCAGCUUGGUGUUUUUUGCUGAGAAAGAUGAAGAUGCUACCAAAUUCACCAGUAUCCCUGCAUCAUUUUGGUGGGCCACCAUCACCAUGACCACUGUGGGCUAUGGUGACAUUUACCCUAAAACACUGUUAGGGAAAAUUGUGGGUGGCCUCUGCUGUAUUGCAGGAGUCCUGGUUAUUGCCCUUCCUAUACCCAUCAUUGUGAACAAUUUCUCUGAGUUCUACAAGGAGCAAAAACGCCAGGAGAAAGCUAUUAAAAGGAGGGAGGCUCUUGAAAGAGCCAAAAGGAAUGGCAGCAUUGUCUCUAUGAACUUAAAAGAUGCCUUUGCUCGAAGUAUGGAACUGAUAGACGUGGCUGUGGAGAAGGCUGGUGAGUCAGCCAAUACCAAGGACUCUGUGGAUGAUAAUCACCUGUCUCCAAGCCGGUGGAAGUGGGCCAGGAAGGCUCUGUCGGAAACAAGCUCCAAUAAGUCUUACGAGAAUAAGUACCAGGAGGUUAGCCAGAAAGACUCCCACGAACAGCUGAACAACACUUCUUCUUCCAGCCCACAGCAUCUGAGUGCCCAGAAACUGGAGAUGCUCUACAACGAAAUCACCAAGACACAGCCUCAUUCCCACCCAACCCCGGACUGCCAAGAACAGCCCGAGAGGCCAUCUGCGUAUGAGGAGGAGAUAGAAAUGGAAGAGGUGGUCUGCCCACAGGAGCAGCUGGCGGUGGCACAGACCGAGGUCAUCGUGGACAUGAAGAGCACCUCCAGCAUUGACAGCUUCACCAGCUGUGCCACUGACUUCACAGAGACCGAGAGAUCCCCCCUGCCACCCCCCUCUGCCUCUCACUUGCAGAUGAAGUUCCCCACUGACCUCCCAGGAACAGAUGAGCACCAAAGAGUCAGGGCACUUCCAUUUCUAACACUGAACAGAGAUAAGGGGCCUGUUGUCAGGGAGGCUACACUGGAUUAUGCCCCAAUUGAUAUAACUGUGAACCUCGACGCUGGGACUUCCCAUGGUCCUUUGCAACCUGACAGUGCCACUGACAGCCCUAAGAGCUCGCUGAAAGGGAGCAACCCCCUCAAGUCCAGAUCCCUCAAAGUGAACUUUCAGGAAAACAGAGGCAGUGCACCCCAGACCCCACCCAGCACAGCCAGGCCACUGCCAGUAACCACGGCUGACUUUCCGCUCACCACCCCUCAGCACAUCAGUACCAUCCUUCUAGAAGAAGCCCUUCCCCAGGGAGAGAGACCCUUGCUGGGUGCUGAUGCUUCAGCACGCUGUCAGGGAUCUUCCAGAGGGCUCUCCCCUCGAUUUCCCAAGCAAAAACUGUUUCCUUUCUCUUCUAGAGAAAGAAGGAGCUUCACGGAAAUAGACACUGGAGAUGACGAAGACUUCUUGGACCUCCAAAGGUCAAGACCAGACAAGCAAGCAGACUCCAGCCCCAACUGCUUAUCAGACAAGCCUGGCGAUGCCAGAGACCCUUUAGGAGAAGAGGGCUGUGUGAGCUCCUCCUCCCCUCAGAACACAGAGCACAACUGUAGGCAAGACAUUUACCAGGCUGUGGGUGAAGCCAAAAAGGACAGUAGUCAAGAAGGGUACAAGAUGGAGAACCACUUGUUUGCCCCAGAAAUUCAUUCCAACCCAGGAGACACGGGUUACUGUCCCACUCGUGAGACCAGCAUGUGACUAGUUAUAAAAGCAAUAAAAAAAAAAACUUCUUUCUUAAAAAUGCGAUUAAUAAUGCCGUGAACUAAAAUAUGGGAAACCCCUCCCCCCCCAAAAAAAAACAGUGCAUAAAAUGUUAUUUUUGCAUGGCAUGAACAGUUUAGUUUAAGUACUGUUUAAAUAAAGAGUCAAGACUGCAUUUUGUAACAAACAAAACUGAGUCAAGAGCAGCGAGCAAAUAAAGAGCUCUGUUAGGAACCAGUGCUCUGCAAUGUCUGACAUUUUUGAUCCUUUCAUUUCGAACUGUAGGCAGGUUUCCGGUUUUAACUUUUACAUUACCAUGAAUUUUAGGAUUUGCACAUGAAAGGAUGAAAUGUCAUUGCAUGUGUUCAUGCUUAUGGGGAGUAAGGUGCUUUGAGCUUGCAAAAUGCAUAACUCUGUACAUAGGCCUGGAUGCAGAAGUCUCAAGAACACGUGGACGCGAGUUCCUGAGACACAGGUAAUCCUUCACAGCCACUGCCUGGAGGAGCUGUCCAGACUUCCUGUUGCAAAACUGCAACCUCUUCUUAACCCACUUUCCUUGUGCAUCUUGCUUUGGAUUAUAAAGCUCUUACGUUUGUUUAAAGGAAUACAGUAUUUUUAUUUAUUUGGGAUAUAAUUCAGAGGGUAUGUUUAUAUGUAUUUUUAUUUAUUUGGAAUAAAAUUCAAAGGGCAUUCUUUUUCUUUCUUUUGCUUUUGCUUAGUUGUUGCAUUUGUGGUGUCAUUUAUAAAUCAUGGAAAUCAGUAAGAUUUAAUGACCAGAUAUCAAGUAUUUGGAAUUUAAGCUUGAACUUUCGCCUAUUACAGACUAUUACAGAAACUCAGUUUUCAUAAACUUGAAAAUGUAUAGAAGGUUCUAUCAUAAAAUAAAAAUUUUAAAUAGUUAUUCCACACUUGGAAAUCAUCUUUAAAACAAUUUCUUUUGGCACUACACACAUGGCUGUAUUUUCCUUUGGUGUCUAGCAUACAAGUUAAGAUCUGCUAAAAUGGAAAUUCCACAAAGUGACUGUUGACAGACUAAAAGUAGAGCCCCCUUCCUUGACAGAGCGGGUCCCCAAAUGAGGUGCCAUGCUAGGAGCCCAGGUCUGGAGAUGGACCACAAAAUCCUUUCCAAUGUAGGAUAGAGAUGUAGACUGACACGACCAGUCGUGGAAGGAUGCUGUUCUGGCAGACUGUGAAUCCUUCCCAAGCAGGGCAAGAACACUCUCAGUAACUGCAGCAACUGGACAGGCUCUCCCAGGUUUCCAGCCCCCAGAACCCCCUAGAAGAGGUCAGGACUCUCCUUGCUGAGAGUCCCUUCUGGCACUUUCUUAAGGAGCACACUGAACGCAAACGCACUGGGCACUGGAGGUUGCCCACUCACUGGACUGACCUGCUUCGUGGAAACCAAGGCUCUCAUUACUGAUGAUCAGCUACCAGCCAUACCAUCUCUGGAAUGACUCUACAACCUCUUGUGAUCUCACUUGUAUUGGAAUAAAAACAAAGACCAAAUUCUUUCUAGGCCCCCUUAAGAUCUCAAAUGAAUGAUUUCUAGUUUCCUGGCAAUGCUCAGGUUUUGCCUCAGCAAAAUGUAUUUUGUGUGUGUGUGCAUAAAGCUGAGGGAAUUGGAAAAACUAAAAGCAAAGCUUAUUGUUUAAGGAAAAAAAUCUAAAUUUUGUUCUUUUUUAAAAGGAAAGCCAUUCAGGAAAAAAUAGCCCAAAUAUUUAUAAUCUAAUAUAAGUCUUUAAUAUUUCUUAAUUAAUAGCCUCUGGUCAUUAAAUCUCAGAUCAAAAAACAAAUUUUGUUUUUUGUUAAAAUCCAAGCAGUCUUGAUGUUAAAACUAACUGAAAACAUUUGUUUUAUCCCACUGUGCUUAGAAUUUCUUAAUGGUUUUCAUGUUUGUUUCAAAACAUAACCCUUAAGAGUUUAUAGUCAUUAAUCAUUAAUAUUUAUAUUAUGCAUACUUCUUUUAGUGUCUAAAGACUACAUGUUGAUCAGUUUUUGUAAAUCUAGAGUAUUUGAAUUUUCUAUAUAUAGUUUUUCAAAGUCAAGUAGGUAUAUCUAUUGUUAGAUAACUAGCAAAUAAGUUAUAAAGAUCAUUUUCUUCAUACAGCUCAUAAAGCAGUUAUUUUCUAACGUCUCCAAUUGAUGAAUCUCUAUUUUUUUUAUUCAUCUGGCUUCAUAAGUGGACUUACUGCCCUGCCAAAUGACCAGCGUCCCACCCUCCGUGUGUCUGUCAGGCCUUCUACUGAGAGCCCUGUUCCAUAACACUUACCAUGGGGACCCUUACCCGGUCUAAAAGUCUCGGAUGUUUUUCCUGGAAGCAAUUUUCCUAAAAAGUCUCUCCCUGUCAUUCUAAAGGUUUGCUAGGAAGGUUUCUGUUUGUUUUGUUUUAAAGUUUUAAAGAAUUUUUUUAAAAAAAUCCCUUGGAAAUCUCAUCCUUUGAGUUCUCUUAGUUCCUCUGAAUCAAAAGUCUUCAGCUAGGAGAAAAGAAAGAAAAAUUUCCUCUAGGAAAUCUUUGACUUUGCUAUUUCACAUGGAGGUAUCUCCCAUAAUGCACCCAUCAAGCCUUCCAAACUUCAGCAAAUGGUAUCUAACUCAGAGGAGAAUGUGUCUGUCUGAAAAGACCUGGAGACCUGGAUACACCUAUCAAGUGUGGAGUUCUUUUGAAGUCUUCUUCUGUGUUCUACAUUAAAAGUUUGUGUUCAUGUAGCAACUUACACUAUGAUAUAUCUGUUUCAGUAUUUUUUAAUGCUGUUUUAUAUUUCUCAUCAACAGGAAAACUGACAGUUUUAUGACUUCAAAUACCUCUUUUGUAUCCCUUGGAAAACACCACCCAAGUUUAGAAAGGACUGCCUGAAUGGGCUAUUGGAAGGUUGCACUUCCAAGAGUUCAUUUCACAGUUAGUUAGCUCAGUGACCAGGAAUAAAGGCCAAUGAAAAAGGCUAUUUGAAUGGCCUCAAAAUAGCAUGGUCCCUCAAAUGGCUAAGAUGUUUCUGCUGGCUGUCUUAACCAGCAACAAAUUGCCACAAAAUGUUUUUAUCUCAAAGAUAAGAGCAUAGGAAUGAGUGUGCAUUGAGUACUGGGAUGGAGAUCAAUGGUAAAAAGCCUGCCUAGCACACAUGACACCCUUGUGAAUCCCCAACACUACAAAAGAAAAGGGGAAGAUGGCCGGGCGGUGGUGGCGCACGCCUUUAAUCCCAGCACUCGGGAGGCAGAGCCAGGCAGAUCGCUGUGAGUUCGAGGCCAGCCUGGGCUACCAAGUGAGCUCCAGGAAAGGCGCAAAACUACGCAGAGAAACCCUGUCUCAAAAAACCAAAAAAAAAAAGAAAAAGAAAAGGGGAAGAAAUGCCUUAAGUAGGUCCACAAGCACAUACCAAGUGGGUCCCUGAAACUGACUUAAUUGUUCUCGAAAUAUUUCACUAGUAAUUCCCUCACCCUGACACAGUAGACUGCCUUGAAGCAAGAUGUGAUUAAACACUAUCAUGAUGAGACUAGAUCUGGUACAAAGAGAGUAUGUGUCCACUGUCUGACCCCAUAUUCUCUUGUUAACAUUCUUAUUUUCAUGCUGGCCAUGAAAAUUUCACAAUUUAUUUUCUCUUGAAAUUAAAAAGGAAGGAAAAAAAGCUUAGGUAUGUAGGCUAUUUCACAGUUCUAUCAAUGUCUAAAAUUAUGUAAAUAAACAGGAACCACAUUGAUAACAUAAAGGUUUUUUUUUUUUUAAAGUAGCAAGAAAGUCUGUGAGGUAGUAAGGGCCUGAUAAUUAAUCUGAACCAAGUUAGGCGCUUAUAUUUGCCAGCUGGGAAUUCUGGCCAUAGUGUACACGUCCCUUAGCAUAGGAGAAAGCCCCAUUGUUUACAAUGUGACAGGACACACACAUGAGGGAGACUAUAGAAAGCCACUUGCUCUUCCUAACCAAAAGCAGACAGAAUUCAAUGACCUUCAGUCUAAACUAAAACACAUCACUUAUUGAAUUUAGUCACAUUGUGCUGUUUGCCCAUUCAGAUGAUACUAGAUGAACGCUUCCUCUUCCAUGCCAAUUACAGGAGCUGAGCAAAGGUACAGCUCUUAGCCUCAUGGAGCUUCCCAUCACUUUCAGCUACACCACCGAUGCAAAGGUAAAGGUCACCUAACAGGCUGAAAAAAAAAAAAUCACCCAAUGAUCUCAGCAGAGAACUAUAGAACAUAAAUAAAUUAUAUCACUUUCCCAAAGAACAUUUUCCUAAGAAAUAGAUGAAUUUUAUAAAGUCUAAUUUAUAAUUAUGUUUGAAUCAUGUUUAGUUUUCAUACUUGAUAUGACAAAUUGUUGAUCUGAUUGAGUGAGAUUGUGAACUACCUUUGCUAUCUGGUAAAUGAAAAAAUAAUAUUUUAUGGUUGGGAAUGUACCUCCGUGAUAGAGCACUUGCCUGCAUAAGGCCCUGGAUUCUAUUCCCAGUACCAAAAGAAAAAAAAAGAAAAGAAAAAGAUUUUAAUUAGAUAUAUUUCUUAUCAAAAUAGUUAAUAAUAGUCUGUCACACAUAACUAGAGAAAAAUUUAAUACCAAGGGAAAGGAUUGGAAAAUCUUACAUUUCUGAAUAAAUUUUAAAAAGGAGUAUUUUAAGUGCUUUUCUUCCUGCAGUCUUUUGGCAACAUUACAGGACUACAACAUUAUUCUCUACUUACUCCUCUAAAUUCCUAACACUUAAAAGUCAACCCCCCUGGCUUGACUCCAAGAAUCUGAUCACUAGGUCCACGGAGAUUUUAAAGUGUAUGGGUUACUUUGCCACUGCAAUGUCUCCCUCAAAGUAACACAAAAAUUAAUAAACCAAAAGGAAAUAACAGAAAACACACACGAGAAAGAGAAAUGGGUUUGGCGGCACAUGGCUUUAUUACUGGGAGGUUGAGACAGGAAGAUUCUGAGCUAGAGCACAGUCGUGGCUACAUAGUGAAUUUCAGACUAGCCUGGCUCAUCUAGGAAGACCCUAUCCCAAAAGGAGGGGGAGGAAGAGGAGGAAGAGCAGCAGCAGCAGCAGCAGCAGCAGCCAGACAUGGUGGUGUGCACAGGAGUCCCUACACUCAUGAGGUGAGAGGCAGGCUAAUCUUGAGUUCCAGGCCAGCCUGGUCUACAUAUCAAAUUCCAGUCCAGCUAGAGCUACACAGUGAGAUACUGUCUUUAAAAAGAGAGGAGAGAGCGGGGAAGAAAAUAAAAAGAAACUAUGAGAUGAAAACAUUCAAAGGCCAGUUUCUUCUAAGAAGAGGAAGGCCUUGACUCAACAGUUCUUGUGAACAGCCUGUGCACAUUUUAGUAAAUACUGUGAUUUGCUGCAGUCCUUGGGUGGUUUCAACAGUCAUUUCUCCCACUUACUUUUGUAAAAUUACCCAAUUAAAUUCCAUGAUUCCUUACUUACCACUGUCAUUAACAUGCAUUACCUCCCUUAGUAAGUCUAAAAUGUUAUUUUAUGGAGACAAUAUAUAUAUAUAUUGAGAGAGAGAGAGAGAGAGAGAGAGAGAGAGAGAGAGAGAGAGGUAUAAUAAGUCAUUUCAAAACCAGAAAAAGACAAAAUUACAAAAGAUUUUUAAAAUGUAAGUAAUUAGUGUAUUCUUAAUUUGUCGUAUACACACCUGCAUAAAUGUUGUACUUAUAUGAAUAUACAUGUAUGAAAUUUAGAUACUUGAUACAUGAAGAAUAGAAUAGAAUUAGUCCAUAAUUUUAACUUCACUUUCUCUCCUAAAGAAGUUAUUUCUUAUCAUCAAACAAUUCUAGAUUACUGUUGAUACAUAACAAAACUUCCUUGAGUUUUUUGCCUAAAGUUAAUUGCCUAAAAUUAACAAACACAUACAGUCCAUGCCCUCCAGUUUACAGCCUAGCAGAUGCUUCAUAUUUAAGUGAUUGUGUUCCCACAUGAAAUCCGCUUUCACAGAGUGGGCUAGUCUGUCAUCUGAGAUCUCCAAAGCCCUUUACUGUCCCUUAGACUCAAGGUGUUUAUUUUCGUUCUUUAAUCUAGUAUCUGAAUUCCACCAUAUAAUUCCUAAACAUUCUGGCUUAAAAUUACAACAUCUGCCUGAAAUUAGUGACAGUGUAUGAAGAUAUUUCCACUUCAAAAAAGAAAAAUAAAGAUGAAUAAAAAAAUGUAUAGACAAAAAUCAUAUUUAUUAAUAAAAAUGACUUUAAAAAAAUAGGCACUCUCUCUAGGUAGCCGAGGUUGGCCUCAGAAUCACAGUCCUCCUGUCUUGGCUGCCUAUGAAGUGGUCAUUUUUAACUAUUCUGUCUCACAUUUUCGACCCUACCCUCUAUUUAAGCCAGCACAACCUACUGCUUGGUAAAAGUCUACUGCUGGUCUGAGUCUAUUCACAAUGGGGCCUGCUGACAAAGAUAUGACUGGAUAGUUUUUCUUAUAAUUCUUUUACAUGUAACUGAAUCUGAAACAGAUUGAGGUGGCAUGUCAAGUCAAAACAAUAGCCUUUCAGAAUGAAGACACAGAACACUGACAGCCUGAGGUGAAGGUGCAAAGGUGUAUCAUAAUCCCCACCCUUCCGCUGUUCUUCUCUGCCUGACAUGCCUUCUAGUGCUCAAUUCGAGAAAAGGUGGAUUCUUUGAGAAUGUGCACAUAGAUGUCAUGGUCAAGGUCAACCCUAUUCCUGUCCCCUCAACCCCCCUCCAGAUCCCCAGCUCUGUUCCUUCCCAACUCCAGAUGUUCUGCAAAGGGUAGGAUCCUAUUUGCACAGAAAAGGUAGUUGGUAACCAGGAGCAAGGACAAAUUCUCUACCAUUUAUGAUGUCCAUGCCCCCCCCCCCCCCGCAUGUAGUCAGAAAUAGCUAGGUUCCAGGCAUUUCUGUGAUCACAUCUCCUUUUGCUUUUUAUUGUCCCUUUGUGUUUGCUACCCUCUGAACUACACUUUCAGGGAACCUCAGCUACUGCCUAUAACACACACACACACACACACACACCACACAAAAACAUCAAGUUUUGCUAAAUCGUGAUCAGUGCUCUAGAUAUGCACUGUAGAUCCACAGUGUGUGCCACUUUGACAUUCUUGCCACUAUGGGAAGCUAGAGAAGAAUGCGAAUGGCAAUGGGGGGGGAGGGGGAUGGUUACGAGUCAUGAUGUAAAGACAAUGCUGUCUUGUUGGUCCGCUCAACAGCUUCUACUCAGAUAGCUUCUACUUGGAGACUCUGACCAGAGUAUGGCACAGCCACUGGCUUGACUCUAAUUGAGAAAAGAGUGUCUUCUAAAUUUCCCAUAAACAUCAAUUUGUGCUCACCCAUCCUUAAGGCAAAGUGUAACCAACAUUUUUAUUUGCAGCGUAUGGGCUAGGCUUUUUUUUUUUUUUUUUUGCCUGCAAGUUUUAUACAAAUCACUAUAUUUGACUAAAAUUGGGAGUAUUCUUUAAGAAAAAUAGACAUUAAAAAAGAAAUAUUAUUAGUAUUAACCCAAAUUACUUGCUCAACGGGAAUGCUGUCACCAGAAAUAAUUAAUAAAAGUGUAUAUACUACUAAACUUUCAGUGAAGAAUUACCAAAAUUCUUUGUAUUCAGCUCAAAAUCAAAGAAAGAAAAAAGAAAAAUCUGCAACUCACAAAAUAUUAGGUUUAUCACACAAUUAUCAAGUUCCAAGCUUAUAUAAUUUUAAAGAGGUAUAUAUUAAACCAUAAAAAAAUUCAAAAGUGAGUGUGUAGAAAGGGUCUCCUAAGCAAAUGUGAGGUUCCAUUCGCAAGCUGAAGCAUUUUAACAGCCUUUGAUCUAGCUACAGAAUAGCCAUGCAUGCUCUGAGCACCUUACUUUCAAUGGAAUCGUUUAUUUUCCACUGUUGCUUAUAUGUGGUUUGCUUGCUUGUUGUGUUUUGUUUGAAGAAGGGAGUAUUCAUAGAAAAAAAGGAGUGUUUAAAGGAAGAAAUUAUUGGGCAACUUAUUAUUACCGACUAUAACUGGAGUAGGUUGGAAACUAAGUGGCCUUCACUGUCCUGUUCCUCCCCCACUCCCCUUUCCAGGCUUCACUAUCCUGGUUUGAAAGGACAGUCCUGUGAUCACAUCUCACAUCCUUCUCCUUCCAGUUUUUCAUUCCUCUCCUAUCUAUAGUACAUGCCAGGAAUCCUGCCCUGGGGCCCACCUGCUUAGAGCGCAUAGGAACCUAGUCACAAGCAGGAGUAAGUGGGCCCAUUAGCAAUAACAACUUGAAGCCUAAAGCCAGAAGGAAGGAACCAGAAAACUCAGAGGCCAAAGGUACACUGUGCCAGCAUAGAAAAGCAACAUGAUUUGACAUCGUUCUUUCCCCUAUGAGUGACCAAAAUUAUAGUUCAGGCAGUGGCACUGUGGGCAAGCCCAGGCAUCCCUCCUUCUGUGUAUGUGCUCUGCAACUGAGCUGCACUCAUGGACCAAACACGGUGUUUUUAAGUUUCUACCAAGCUGUAAAACUUGAAAGGAAAUAGCAGGGUUUUUGAGAAAGGUGGGACAAAACUUAUUAAUGUAUUCCAAGGCAAUCAUCUCAAAUGCAAGCCUUUCUACUAAAUGUGUAUGAAGCUGAUGAGUGUGUCUAUUUUCAGGGCAAUGUCCCAAAAGGAAGAUACCAAUAUCAUCAUCUAUAGUAACAGACAUUUCAGUUGGGGAAAAUUGACAUUCAGGUCAAUUUUCAUAUAGUUAGGGGACAAAAUUCUAAUAGCCAUUCAAACAAAACCUUAACAAAAGGUGAGGGUGGAAAGAAAGCCAUACUGAAAAGCUCAUGCUUUGUCAUCCAUCUAAUUAUAAACAAUUCAUAUUUGGAUUAGGAUUUUAAAAUUUUCUUUUAUGUAAAAAGUGUCUUAAGAUUACCAUGUGAAAUAUAUACUACUUAUUUUAUUAGAAAUAUGUAGAUUUUUUAAAAGACUAUUAUAACUUAAAUAAGAUGGAAUAUAGGAAAAUGCCAAGCAUACUGCUGGACAAAUAAAAGAUAUGUGUCUUAAAACAAGAACUCCAAAGGAAGCAGUUCAAGUCACAUUUGUGUCCUCAAUACUAAGUUCUCAAAUUCUUCUGUAGCUUCUUGAACAGCCAAAAAUUUUAAUGUGUGUUUAAGUAAAACCUACUGUUAUAUAAAAUAUAGGUCAUUUCAUUUGCUAAGUUAUAUACCUAUAGGUACUCUAUGUGGCUUUCAAGAAUGAUAUUAUUUUAACAUGUUUAAACAGAUAACAUGUUAUGGAAACUAGUAGUACAUUUUCAACCUAAUUGCCUUAAAUUUUUAGUGUUUAGUUUGCGAGUAUCAGUUUUUUCUUGAGGAAAACAGCUGCCUACAAUAUUUCAAUACGCAGUCUGUUUGGAGAGUAUUUUGUAUUUUUCUGUUACCACAAAUUUAAGCUGCAUCAUCAUCAUCAUGGAAUCAUUCAACAUGGUAGUCCAUCUUCCCACUUCAAAUGUUUGCAAACCUGUGGACCCAUUUCAUAAAGGGAUUCACAGCCAAUUUGGUUCCACAGUUACAAUAACUGGUCCUUUGCCAACUAUAUUUUGAGUACAAAGGCUUUGUCAUUUAAUGUAUUUUUUUCCUCAUUAAAUUUGUUUUGCUUUCAAAAAUCUAUAGUAUAGAUUGUCAUCAGUAGAUUUCAUUGGAGGCUUUUGUGUUGCUUUAUUUUAAUGUUAAUCCUACUGAUCAAGGAGGGCUAAUUUUUCAUGUCAGUGUAUUUAAAAUUCUGAGUUAUAAAAUUGAGAUGAACCCCCAUAUCUUGUGAUGAUAAGUGAUGACCAGGGGAGCGCCAUACAAGACAGCACCCUUCACACUCAGUCUGGACACAAUGCAGCAACUCCAGGCAGGGCAGGUUGACCUCUGUGGAAACAGAGUGUGGCGGCUCUGAUGUUAAAGACAAGCUAAACUGGGGGUUCUUCUAUUGACUCUACAAAAGACUUCCCAAGAUACAUUAAAACUUUCUUCUAAGAGGAUCUAGUAGCCAUCGCUGAAAAAAUAAAAACCAUACUUUAAUUUUAAUGAAUUUUCAUUUGUUUAAUUGGCUUGGGAUGAUUAUUUUGAAGAUGUUUGGUUGGGUGUGGUUUUGGGGAGAUGGCAGCUCUUUGUGGGGGUUCCUCAGUAAUUUUAUGAAAACCUUAGUAUAACACAUUACUUGGUUUGGACUUUCAAUUCGUUAUAACGCUUAAAAAAUAAUUCAUGUUCUAAGUCAUAAUUGCAUGACAGUUUAGCUCUUAUUAUAUUUAGUUAUAGCCUAAUGGAGACUGUAUCCCUCUGUUUUCUCAAAACAAUAAAGUUCCUAGUUUAUUAAAUAGAAUUCUGACAGAAAA